AUGUUCGGAGGGCUUCCCAUGGACCAAGAACAAAGUAUGUCAGCGCUGCGGAGCACUGCUUCUUUUUUGGCUCCUAGUCCAUCGGAUUCUUUAGCUGCUAACCAUCAUCAAGAGCAGCACAAAAUCCUUGUCCGAACUUUGUGGCGGAAUAUCAACCCAAGAAAUUUACCAAGUAUCCUAUCAAAAACCCCAAUCAAAGUUCAAUUGGAAUUUGUAUUGCAAGAGAAAGAUAUAUAUAUAUUAAACAAGUACUGUAAUUUAAAUAAUGACUCUGAAAACCGUAUAUCACCUGAUUUAAUAAACAAUAUUUUUUCAGAAAUUGUCCGCCCGGUCGCGAUUUCUAAUAAUUCAUAUUUGUUUCAGUGGUUAACUAACGUACCGUCCUUCUGGAUAUUUUCAUUGUCUUGUGCCAUCGCUUUUGUCUGGUUGUUGAUCAUUUUCCGCUCUCGAUACAUAUUCACGCUAGUUCCGUGUGGGUUGUGUAUCCUAAUAUUUUGUCAAUCAGUUUACACAAAAUACAAUGCACGAUUGGCUCGAAAAAUGUCUGUCUUGUCUCGGCAUAAUGGUCCUCCUGAUGACUGUAAACCUUUCCAUCAACAAACUUGGCCACAGAUGCUUAGUACUUAUUUCUCCUCUCGUCCAGCGAACGACGAAUGUGCGCGUUACUAUGAAGAAGUGCUGUCGGAACCGUUUCUAUCCACCAGUUUAUACGAAGUAUGUCUGGAACUAAUAUGUCAACCAGUUAUCUCAUUAUGUAAAAUUUUGGGUAUUGGGGUUGGACAAUUAUAUCACAAUUUGUCAGAAUAUGUCCCAUUUUGGAUUGCACCAUUCAUCUGUGCAUUCUGUAUGUUUAUGGGAGUUUUCGCUUUUGUUAAAACAAUACACAGUUUUACUGGGCCGCAAUCACGCAAACGCCGAGUACGACAUAAAAUAAAAUCAUCAUCAAUACCAUCAAUUACUUCUUGA